AUGGCCAUUGCUCGCUUCUUGGCUGGCAAAUCUCUCGAGCCGCUCCGGAUGGUUGGCUCGGCCACCGCCUUUCAGAGCAAGGACGAGCAAUUCUGCGUCCCCACCUUGGCGGACAUUUAUGGAGGCUGCCUGCAAGGCUUCAAGAACAGCGACGGCAGCCCUGUGGAUGGGCCUGGUGAGAUUUUCUUCCCCAGUGGCGAAGUCAUGAUGGAAACAUUCCGGAAAGGCUCCGGGCUGGGCUUCGCCAGAUUUGAGAGAGCAGAUGGAAGGCCCAUCGAGAACGUGAGCGGCCUCCCUAAGUCCCUCAGCAAUCUGACGAUGAUCAGUCGAGAGCUGCCUGUAGGAGAUCUGAAGGACCUCCCGCGAAACCUUACACACCUCAGCCUUCCACGAAAUGAUCUCCUCACGGGACAACUACGAGGCUUGCCACGUUCCCUCGAGUACCUUGACCUCAGAAAGAAUCUGCAGAUCGCAGGGGACCUGUCAGAGCUGCCGUCGACACUACAGCACUUGGAUCUGUCAUCCGCGAUGAACGUCCGCGGGAGUGUUGCCGCCCUACCAAGGCCACUGCGGUACCUGGAUCUGAGCCAGUCUGGUGAAUGCGUCGGGGAGAUACAGGAUCUGCCAAGGUCCUUGCAGCACCUCAACCUCGGAAAGGAUUACGACCUCACGGGAAGCUUUGGUGACCUGCCCCGGAACCUUACUUUCCUGGAUCUGAAAGCGUGGGAGAUCACAGGAGACUUCAAGGACCUCCCACCGAACCUUAGAUACUUGAAGUUGAACAUGCCGAUCGUCGACAGAGUCAACAAGAUCCGGGGGGACAUCAAAGAUCUCCCUCGGAAACUGAGAUAUGUCAAUUUACUACACGGCAACGGAAUCAAGGGGAGCAUCGCGGACCUCCCUCG